CUUUGUUUCGUUUCAUCAUUAGACCUUUUGACCUUUUGACCUUUUGACCUUUUGACAAGGCUGUCUGUCUACUCUUGUACUCUCAUCACCGUGCUGUGCGCGUCGAUCAUCACCUUCUUCUAUAUACCAGUCUAGAUCAACUUUACUCAGCAGCUCAAUCGCUCUCUUCCGCUCACAGAACGACCCGACAUUCCAUCAUUAGCAAGCAUCAAGCAGGCAGAGAUACCGCCAUCAUGAGAAUCCCCUUCAAGCCCAUUGCCCUCGGGGCGGUCGCCUCCGUGCCCCUGCCCAAGGGCACCUACAGCAACAACUCGGCGCCAUCCACCAUCGUCAUGUCGACGACUGGCCAGAUCACUGUCGCCUCGUACACGGGCUCCGCCUUCACCCCCGUGCUCAACGCCUCUGUCCCCGGCGCGCCCACCUGGGUCGAGUUCGUCGAGCCCAACAAGCUCUACGCCGUGGACGAGUGGUCCAGCGACAUCUACCUGUACCACCUCGACCUGUCGGCCGCCAACAGCACCCGCGUCUCUCUCAGCGAGCCCGUGGCCAAGGCAUCCGGCUCGCUCGCCUCCGUCCACCUGGCCCUCAACAAGGACAACACCCGCAUGGUAUCAGCAGCCUACGGCGGCGGCGCCGUCAAUGUCUGGGACACGACCGACGACCAGCUCCGCCUCAUCACCACCAUCAACUCGACCGGCAAGACAGGCCCCGUCUCACCAAACCAGGACGUCGCCCACCCUCACCAGUCCGUCAACGACCCCUCUGGUCGCUGGUUCGUCGUCAACGACCUCGGCACCGAUGGGAUCCUCCUCAUCGACUCCAAGGACGACGCCUGGACACUCACAAGCACCACCGCCACCCCAGCUGGCUGCGGUCCCCGUCACGGUACCUUCUACCCCCACGGUGCAGCCGUCGACGAGGCAACGCACUACUUUGUCACCUGCGAGCUGAGCAACCAGGUCCUCGCGUACACCGUCACCUACACUGAUGCCGCCCUCGAGCUCACGCUCACCCAGGAGAUCAGUACCUUUGUCGACGGGACAGGCCCCGAGGGCGCCGCGGCCGGCGGCAUCGCCCUGUCCCCUGACAGUGCCCACCUCUACGUGUCCAACCGUCUCACGGGGGCGCCCUCGGACAACAUUGCCAUCUACGCCGUCUGCCCCGCCGAGGGGACUCUCAAGAUCCUCGAUGAGACUGAGACGGGUGGUGUCCUUCCACGCAUGUUCUCCCUCUCGCCGGCGGGGACCGAGCUCUUUGUCGGUAACCAGAAUGGCCCUGUCGCGGUUGCUGCAUUCAAGAGGGCGGCGGACGGUAGCCUGGCUGCCACGCCGGCGGCCACGCUGUCCCUGGCGGACUUUGGCGGGGUGCAGGGCAAGGGGCCUGCCUGCGUCAAGCAGAUUCGUCCUCUGUAGUCUGCUUGGGGACCGAUCUAGUGGUGACUACAGAGGGGAGGGGGAGCUAUAGUAUAUACUGCAUGAGGACAUAGUUGCCAUUGUUAGACGUGCUCAAUCCA